GGUGUAUUAUAUAUAACACUUUGCAUUGACCCACUUCUUCUUUUAGAGAGAGAGGAGGAUCAAAUGAUGAAUGUGGGUUGUAGGUCAUGAUCAAAAACCUAUCUGAUGAUUUUUUAUUUUUUUUCACUUUUUUAUUUCUUGUAUAUAUCUUGAGAGAGAAAGAGAGAGAGAACAUACACACUAUCUUCCUUCCUAGGUUUGGUUUCAUAGGUUGCAGUUUAUUGUUGGGUUAUUAAGAGAACAAUUCAGAGAAACAAUAGUAAAAGCAAACCCCAGUUGCUUCCUCACUCUCCCUCUCCCUCUCCCUCUCUCCCUCCCCACCAAAUAUCUAUCCCUCCUUUCCUUUUUACACCACCCCCAACCUACUUAACUCUUCCAUACCUAGUAAUUCUCUCUCUCCCUCUCUCUCUAGAAAGCCAGAUGCACGUAAUAAGCAAUAAAGAUUCAAACUUUUGAGGUUAGAAGGUCACGCACACACAAAAAAGGCCGCGACACACACACACACACUUUGUUGUUUGGUUGAUUAAAUAAUUGAUAUAUCUUGGCUUCCUUUGAUUGUUUGUUUAACUUGUUGAUGGGGUUGGAUCUUGCCUCGCCUGAUUAAUUUUUCAGUCCGAAUCAUCAUGAUCUUUGAAGAAGAAGAUCAAGAAAGAUAGCAAUAGCAACAAACAAGAUCUUCAUACAACAUCUCGCCUGGAUGGCUUGUAGAAGCGGUGAGGAGAAACCACGAGACAUGGGAUAUUGCUUCUCCGACGCUUCCUCCGCCGGAAACCACCAAAACAUCUUAGUCACUCAUCUGCAAAGCUUCGAGCCGGCGCCGGAGAUCUACAACCUGGCCGCCGGCCUCGACAUGAUAGGGUUUCAACCGAAGAAUUUACACCCCGAAGCCGGCGCCGGCGGCUUCGGCCUCACGGCCAUUUCCGGUUCCACAAUGGUCUCGCCGGACUCAUCGUCGGCUUGGAAUAACCACCACCACCAUCAAAACAGAUCAUCGUUGAUCGUCGACGAUCCAUCUCUGAGAUGCGUCUUCACCUGCGAAGGAAACGAGAGGCCGAGCCAAGGGCUUUCUCUCUCCUUGAACUCCUCCAAUCCUUCGAGCAUCGGACUGCAGUCGUUCGAGCUCCGGCAGCACGAAGAUCUGUCGAGGUUCGGGCCGUCGAGCUCGAGGUCGGUGAAUUUCGAGCAGCCGCCGCCGCAGGUUAUGCAAGAAUACUCCCAUGUGAAAAACUCCAAGUAUUUAGGCCCCGCGCAGGAGCUUCUCUCUGAAUUCUGCAACCUCGGAAUCAAUCAACACGACGGUAGUGUUCAGAGGAUGAAGGCGGCGCAGAAGAGCGGCGAAUCCGACGACGACAAGAAGCAGCCGCUCCUCUUCUCCCUCGACCUCCUCGAGUUGCAGAGAAGAAAAACCAAGCUUCUUCAAAUGUUGGACGAGGUGGAUAGAAGAUACAAGCACUACUGCGAUCAGAUGAAGGGCGUGACGUCGUCGUUCGAGGCGGUGGCGGGCAGCGGAGCCGCGGCGGUGUACUCAGCUCUGGCGUCGCGGGCGAUGUCGCGGCAUUUCAGAAGCCUGAGAGACGGGAUUGUGAAGGAGAUAAAGGCGACGAAGAAGGGAAUGGGAGAGAAGGAUAUUGCAGUAGCGGGAGGUGUGAAGGGGGAGACGCCGCGGCUGCGGCUGCUGGAUCAGACGCUGCGGCAGCAGAAGGCGCUGCAGCAGAUGAGCAUGAUGGAGAACCACCCGUGGCGGCCGCAGCGCGGCCUGCCGGAGAGAUCCGUCUCCGUGCUCAGGGCGUGGCUCUUCGAGCACUUCCUCCACCCGUAUCCCAGUGAUGUAGAUAAACACAUUUUAGCCCGCCAAACGGGCCUUUCAAGAAGCCAGGUCUCCAAUUGGUUCAUCAACGCUAGGGUGAGGCUGUGGAAGCCCAUGGUGGAGGAGAUGUACUUAGAAGAGCUCAAGGAGAAGGACGCCGCCACCGCCGCCGACGAAAACGAGGUGGCGCGGCAGAAUCAGAAUAAUCCGGAUCAGAAACCAACCCACGAUCAACUGGUGCGAAUAGAUUCCGAGUGCCUCUCUUCGAUCAUCAACAAUCCGGACAAAAACGACGUCGCCAAGAAGAGCAAAACCCUCGAAAACGAAUUCGGAUCAUACGGUGCGAUGGAGCUCGACUUCUCGUCGUACACCGCGCCUCACUCCAGCGGCGGCGGCGGCGGAGUCUCGCUGACGCUGGGGCUGCACCAGCACGGCGGCGGCGGGCUGUUUUACCCUAGAGAUCAAAUGGAGGACUGCCAAACGGUGCAGUAUUCGCUCUUGGAGAGUGAGAAUCAGAAUUUGCAAUACAGGAAUUUGAUGGGAGCGCAGCUGCUUCAUGAUUUAGCUGGAUGAAUAUAUGCAAGAAAGAAAGAAAAGAAAAUGCAAAAAAAUGGAUUCCUACAUUGUCGGUGAAGUUAAAAAUUUUACAGGAGGGAAGGAGGUUGAUGGGGUGAUGGUGAUGGAGAAACCUAUAUAUUGUGACAUGUGAUAUACAUAAAAUACUGGGAUAGGAAACAUUUAUCUGCAAUUCGGUGUUAGGUAUACAAUCCAGAUAUUCGCUUAUCAUAUAUAUAUAUAUAGCUGCAAGCUGGUGGGCUAUGCACUUCUUCU